AUGGUAAGAGUGUUGUGCCCAAAAUGUAGUGAACGUUUUCGUACUCAUCGUGAAUUGGCCCAGCAUUGCGGAAGCUCACAUAGCGACGAAAAUGUAGAAUCGCCAGAUUUUUCGGUAUUUAGCGGAAGUUUCAGCAGCAUGAAAGAUUUUGAGGUAUGGAAGACCUCCCUGGAGAAGUCAACUUUCGCAAAAUUUUCAAAAAGAGACUCUAAGCCGCGUAAGAAUGGUAGGAAACAUCUUUACCUAUGCAGGCAUGCUCGAGGACCUAAAGCAGAUAUAGGUGCUGAAGUCCGUCAUGUUCACAGCAAAAGCAAGCGAAUUCAAUCGCACUGUCCUGCCCACUUGAAGGUAUUUGAACGAAAUGAUGGCACUGUCGUAUACGAAGGUUGCGCUGGGCACCUUGGACAUGAAAUAAAUGCGGCAUCUCUUCGGUCUAGAGCAAGGGCGUCAAGAACUUACCGCAACGGCAUUGGAAAGCUAACAUGUUGCAAAAGACGUAGCAGCUGGUGCCAAUCUGUUGAUGGAGAUGGCUACAAAACUAGCGGAAGAUACGGAUCAAAUGCAAAGUUGGUCAAUCUUGCACCUUCACCAGGGCGAAAAGCUACAACUGGAACCUGCAUGACGGCAGGUAUUAAGCUUCAAUGGUAUGUUAUAUGGUAA